UUGUGAUAAACUUAUUAAAUAGAUUAGUGUGUGCCUUUCCAAACAGUGUGAGCAGAAGUAGACUUUCGGCCGACUCUUUCUUUUCUUUUUCUUCUGCGUUCAACCACCCUUCUGCAGUGUUUUCAGCUGGCGUUCAGGUGCGAAGAAUGAGCGACGAAGUUCAGAAAGCGCAAACUGCUCAAAAGGGUGGUGACACCAUCUUCGGCAAGAUAAUCCGCAAGGAGAUCCCGGCUGAGAUACUGUACGAAGAUGAGGAGUGUCUGGCCUUCAAUGACAUCAGCGCCCAAGCACCAGUACACUUCCUAGUCAUCCCCAAGAAACCCAUCAGUGGAAUCAGCUCAGCCCAGGACCAAGACCAGAGUCUACUAGGCCACCUGAUGCUGACUGCUAAGAAAGUGGCGGCCGAGAAGGGAUUGGACGAGAGUGGAUACAGAUUAGUUGUGAAUGAUGGUAAGAAUGGAGCACAGAGUGUGUUCCACAUGCACAUACACGUCCUAGGAGGCAGACAACUCUCCUGGCCUCCCGGAUAGUCAAGAAAGAGAGGAAUGAACAAAUGUACGGACGAAAGAAAGAAAGAAAGACGCCGAAGAAACUUCCGAAGACUGUCCUGCAUAUUGUUAACUAUUCACUUUCCUAUGGCACCUUCAAGCCCCUUUAAAAACUGGUUAAGCAGUUAUUUGUUUUUGGUACCUGAUCUUUGUUUCGAAUCUCGGAUGCAAUAGGGAGGGAAAUAGUUAACAAGAUUCAAGGCCCUUUAUAGAGGCGAAGAAAAUUGGUAAGCUGUUAAAAGAAAAACUGACGAAACUUAUCUGUUUGUAAAAUUCUUACGUCUCUGUGACGCUGCAUCAGAUAACGAGUAAUGCAUCUAUCUAUGAUUGGCGUGAUUCUUCAAUGAAGCUGAAGUGGUUUGAUUAAUGCCUGGUGAAAUGUUUGAAAGUGAAUCUGCAGCUGCAGUUUUUAUAGCAUUUGAGUAUAUAUUUUGUGUCUUGUCAUUAACUAGUUCAGUAUUUGGGUUGUGA